CUCCACACAACGCAAUAUAAAGAAAACAUUCAAACACCAGAAACAAUCCGGGAAAGCGAUGGCGAAAAGGGCGGUAUUGAUCGGGAUCAAUUACCCGGGAACCAAUGCGGAGCUCAAGGGCUGCAUCAAUGAUGUACGGCGAAUGCACGAAUGCCUGGUGGAGCGUUAUGGAUUUCACAAUGACGAUAUCACGGUGCUCAUAGACACAGACGCUUCUUACACAGAGCCCACCGGCCGGAACAUUCGAGCGGCGUUGGACAGUUUGGUGAGAUCCGCCCACCCCGGGGACUUUCUCUUCGUGCAAUACAGCGGCCAUGGCACGCGCCUUCCGGCGGAGACUGGCGAGGAUGACGACACCGGCUACGACGAGUGCAUUGUCCCCAGUGACAUGAAUCUUAUUACUGAUGAUGAUUUUAGAGAUUUAGUUGACCAAGUACCAGGGGGAUGCCGAAUCACCAUUGUAUCCGAUUCUUGUCACAGUGGUGGUCUAAUUGAUGAGGCCAAGGAGCAAAUUGGAGAGAGCACGAAGGGAAAUGAGGAAGAUGAGCAUGGAUCUGGCGGUGGAUUCAUGAACUUCUUGCAGAAAAGAGUUGAAGAUGCUGUUGAGUCCCACGGCUUCCGCAUCCCUUCUGGAAUGGGAUUUGGGCGCGACCAUAGCCAACACCAAGAAGAUAAAGAACAUGAAGACUUGGGAGGACAUCAUCAAGGGCAGGGCUACAUGAAGAACAAAUCUUUGCCACUCCCAACUCUUAUUGAGAUACUCCAGCAAAGGACUGGCAAGAACGAUAUAGACGUAGGCAAUUUGAGGCCGACUCUAUUUGAUGUGUUCGGUGAUGAUGCCAGCCCCAAGGUUAAGAAAUUUAUGAAGGUGAUCUUGACCAAUCUUCAGGGCCAGGGCCAGGGCCAGGGAGCAGAUGCAGGUGGUGGGUUCAUGGGUAUGGUGGGGGGCAUGGCCAUGCAGUUUUUGCAACAAAAGCUGGAAGAAACCAAUGGGAGUUAUGGAAAACCUGCCAUGGAAACCCAAGUUGGAAGCAAAAAGGAAGUCUAUGCUGGAGGCGCCAGCAGAUCACUGCCAGAUAGUGGCAUUCUCAUCAGCGGUUGCCAAACUGACCAAACGUCUGCCGAUGCCAACCCACCAGGUGAUGCUAGUCAAGCUUAUGGUGCCCUAAGCAAUGCAAUUCAGAUGAUAAUAGCAGAAACAAAUGGUCGAGUCAGUAACCGAGAUCUCGUGCUCAACGCCAGGGAAAUAUUGAAGAGACAAGGCUACACUCAGCGUCCCGGACUUUACUGCAGCGACAAUCAUGUUAAAGCUCCUUUUAUUUGCUAGCAUGAUGGCCUUGAUCAUCAUUUCCAACAUAUGCUUGCCUACCAUGUGAAGAGUAAUACUCUCUUGUUGGGAAGUUAUUGUGAUCAUGAUGGUGAAUGAUCUGCAGAGGUAUUCGUGUGGUGAGCUUGUGUUAUUUCUUAGUUUUAUAAGAAGUUGAUCAUUGCUUGACGUUCACUAAAUACUUGAACAGAAGUGGAAUGCUGACAUUGAACUGUGUAGUUUAGGUCGCAACUUGAUCAGCAAGAACAAAGUGAUUUGUAUUCCAGCUAUAUUUUCUCUGAAAUUUUGAUUUAUAUCAAUCUUUUCAUAUCA